AUGGAGUUUCUUGAGGCCGUUGCCGAUAUUAUUCCGCUUAGUUUAAAGGUAGAAGUGGUCUCCAGUGAUGGAACUUCGACACCAUUUAAUUUAGACGAGCCAAAUUAUAAUGAUUUUCCUUCAAUGUCAUUGGACCAAAUGCGUGAAUACCUAUACAAAAAAGGCUUGAUAAUUGGCCGACAAAACACAAAUUUUCGAAAUGUAUUCGGAAGCAAGAUACCACUCGCUCGAGAACCUGAAUGUGAACUCAAAGAUAUUUUGACUCCGACAAAUGAACAAGCGCCGGAUGGCUUUUUUACUAUUUACCUAGAUAAAGACUUAGAAAUGCCCAGUUUUCCUGAAAUUGUUCAAAAACUUGAUUUAGAUAAAGGAUGUAAAAAGUCGAACGAUGGUACUAUUAAAGCAACGAAUAAAAAAGCUUAUUCCAUAAAAAAUCAGAACAUGAACUGUACAUUUAAAAAACAUUAUGUACAUUCAUUAAUAAAUUUCGAAUGUUACGUGUAA